CCGAUAAAAACGCGUUUUCUCUCUCUACUUUCUCUCUCCGCCGACGCGUUCCGAUCGUUGUUUAUAAAAAUCGGGGUCUACUAGUCUUCGCUCUUCAUCGCCUUCACAUUUUUCUUCCGUCUCCCUCUCUCUAGAACGCAGAACUCAGGGAAAAUUAUCUUCUUCCUCCUAAAUCUCUGCAGUGUUUUUUCGGACGGAAUUUGGAGGAACGGCUGUGGGAGACCCACAAGUUGUGAUCUUUAGUUUGGUGGUGGUGUGUUUUGAGUGAGUGAUCGUUGUUGGAUUGGAAGGUUCGAGUUGAUCAGAGCUUGUACGAGUCGCGUGAAGGUCGAUCGAUCGACGUGUUCGCUUUUGGGGAAGAGUUUGGAGAAUUUCAAGGGUUUUCUGAAUCUUAUCGGCGAAGAUUUGCCGGCGAAUUCGUUCUCGGGCUCUUUUGGAAAGAGAAUUCGAGUAAAAAACCAGUUUUUUGAGGCUUAUUUGGAGUGUAAAACUUCGCACGUUUGAAAAGCCGACUUUUUCUUUUUGUUCGUUGCUUGGUCGAAUCGGAGGAGAUCAGACUCAGAAGAUGGACAGCCAGCAAUCAUUCUGGCAAUUCAGCGACAAGCUGCGCCUGGACCUGCCCGGGAACAGCGCCGGAGGGCCGGAUGAUUUCUUAAACAACAGAUGGGCGUUCAAUUCGAGUUCCCACAUCAACAGCUUCUCCAAUCUCUCCAUCGGAGACAGCAUCUGGUCGAGAUCGGACGAUCGGGUGAACGGGAACUGGCUGAACGAUCGGGUGAACGAGAACUGGACGAACGAUCGGGUGAACGAGAAACGGAUGAACGAUCGGGUGAACGAGAAGAGGACAAAUGAGAAGAUGGAGAGUUGGAGGAACCCGGACGGAAAGGGGAAGGCUAAGCAGAAGGGCAACUCAGAGAUGAACGCCUUCAAUGACGGGUGGAAAUUCGGAGGAUCGAAGGCGGCCAUGGGCAAGAGCUCUGUCAACGGCAGGGUGGCAGAGAACCCGAAGGUGAACAAGUACAAUCAUAACGGAAGCAGUGGCAAGCCAAACAACAACAGCAACAAUAAUGGCGUUGGUGCGAAGCAUGGGAAAGGGAAUAAUGGCGGCAACGCGACUGCCGUUGACAAGAGGUUCAAGACCCUCCCUCCCUCCGAGUCUCUGCCGCGGGGCGAGCAGCUUGGAGGGUACAUCUUCGUCUGCAACAACGACACCAUGGAGGACGAUCUUCGUCGGCAACUAUUUGGUUUGCCGCAAAGAUACCGUGACUCUGUCAGAGCCAUAACUCCGGGACUGCCUCUGUUCUUGUACAAUUAUUCAACCCAUCAGCUGCAUGGCAUAUUCGAGGCUGCCAGCUUUGGGGGUACCAACAUCGAUCCCAUGGCUUGGGAGGAUAAGAAAUGUCCCGGAGAGUCGCGGUUCCCUGCACAGGUGAAAGUUGUUACUAGGAAGGUAUGCCCACCGCUAGAGGAAGAUUCUUUCAGGCCUGUACUUCAUCACUAUGAUGGUCCCAAAUUCCGUCUUCAGCUCAGCAUACCAGAGGCUCUCGCGCUCCUGGACAUCUUUGAGGAGAAGAGCAAUGCUUGAGAGUCUGAGACUCGAAAGCGGUCUUUAAAAUACAGUACUAUACGUCGGUUUUGCCAAUAAUACAGUAGGAGAAAAGGUUUGAUCCUCCAGUUGACAUGGAGACACGGAAACUCAGCACCAAGAGUCCAGUAUGGCGCGUACCAAACUGGAUAUGUAUUAGUAAGUUGAAAACACAAUGUAGGAGAAAAAAAACAUGUAUUUAUGAUAAACUUUGGUACUUGUACUCUUAUGGGUAAUGUUUUAUCCAUUCAGAGUUGCAUAUGAAGUGCUCCCAGGUACUAAUACUCUUAUGGGCAAUGUUAUAUCGGAUCUGACUCA